CGAUUUCCUCCAGUUUGGUUUCAAAUCACGGCCAAUUACUCGGUGACCAGUGUUCGUCCUCACUUACACUGUUACACAGUUGAAGCAAGCGAGAACGAAGCUUAGCCAUGUCUGUCGAGGGAAGCGGCGCGUCAGGAGGAGCCGUCGCCGGCUUCAGCGAGGAGAAGGAAGCGCUGGUGCUCAAGUCAUGGGCCAUCAUGAAGAAGGACUCCGCCAACCUUGGGCUCCGCUUCUUCUUGAAGAUCUUUGAGAUUGCGCCAUCGGCCAAGGAGCUGUUCCCGUUCCUGCGCAACUCCGACGCGCCCCUGGAAACCAACCCCAAGCUCAAGACCCACGCCGUGUCUGUCUUUAUCAUGACGUGCGAGGCGGCUGCGCAGCUUCGGAAAGCCGGCAAGAUCACCGUGAGGGAGACCACCCUGAAGAGGUUGGGGGGCACGCACGUAAAAUACGGCGUGGCAGAUGGACACUUCGAGGUGACAAGAUUUGCUCUGCUUGAGACGAUAAAGGAGGCACUUCCGGCUGACAUGUGGAGCCCGGAGAUGAAGAACGCGUGGGGCGAAGCCUAUGACCAACUGGUCGCGGCCAUCAAGCAAGAGAUGAAGCCAUCUGCGUAGCUCCAUUGUUUUUCUUUGCGAGGAAGCGUGGCUCCAUUGUUCACUGCAUGUCUGCAUGCAUUUCGUCCAUUCACCAUGAUGAUCCGUGUCCAACCUUUGUUCCUGUACCACUGUGCUGCAUUUAUCACGUUGCCCGAAGAAAAAAAAGAAAAGCUAGAGUGUUUAUUGUGUGUAAGUAAUGCGUGCCUGUUGUGAUAAAUCGUGCUCACUUAAUAAUGAUCUAGCGAUUGAUUCCCAAA